UGAUAACGAUGAUUACAAUGAUCCACCAUUUCUUGAUCAUCAUCGUAAUAAUCGACAUUCAUCAAGAAAAAUUAAAACCAAACAAAAAUCCGGUACCUGUAUGAAUACGGAAGAAUUUCGUCGUCGUGGUAAAGAAAUGGUUGAUUAUAUUGCUGAUUAUAUGGAAACUAUUCAUAAACGACGUGUAACACCUAAUGUUGAACCAGGUUAUCUAAAAGAUUUCCUACCAGAAUCAGCACCAAUCGAAGGUGAAUCAUGGGAUAAUAUUAUGGAUGAUUUUGAAAAAUUGAUUAUGCCCGGUGUUACACAUUGGCAACAUCCACGUUUUCAUGCAUAUUUUCCGGCCGGUAAUUCUUAUCCAUCAAUAUUGGCCGAUAUGAUUUCCGAUGGUAUUGGUUGUGUUGGAUUUUCAUGGGCAGCAAGUCCAGCUUGUACUGAAUUAGAAAUUAUUAUGUUAGAUUGGGUGGGUAAAAUGAUCGGUCUGCCGGAACAAUUUCUUUGUUUUAGUAAUCAUUCAAGUCGUGGUGGUGGUGUUAUACAGGGUUCAGCAAGUGAUUGUGUUCUGGUAUCAUUAUUGGCUGCAAGAUGUGCUGCAAUCAAAGAAUUACAAACAAAACUACAAAAAGAUUCUAAAAAUGAACAACAAAUUGAUGAAAGUUCAUUAUUAUCAAAAUUAGUUGGUUAUUGUUCAAAAGAAGCACAUUCUUGUGUUGAAAAAGCAGCAAUGAUUGCAUUGGUAAAAUUACGUAUAUUAGAUACUGAUGAAAAUUUUUCAUUACGUGGUCAAUCAUUACGUGAAGCAAUGGAUGAAGAUAAACGUAAUGGAUUGAUACCAUUUUUUGUAUCAGCAACAUUAGGUACAACAUCAUGUUGUUCAUUUGAUGCUUUAAAUGAAAUUGGACCAAUAUGUUCAAGAGAAAAUAUUUGGUUACAUGUUGAUGCAGCAUAUGCUGGUAAUGCAUUUAUUUGUCCAGAAUUUCAAUAUCUUAUGAAAGGAAUUGAGCAUGCAUCAUCAUUCAAUAUGAAUCCAAAUAAAUGGAUGUUAGUUAAUUUUGAUUGUUCAUUAUUAUGGGUUCGUGAUCGUUUUAAAUUAACACAAGCAUUGGUUGUUGAUCCAUUAUAUUUACAGCAUAGUUUUUCUGAACGUGCUAUUGAUUAUCGGCAUUGGGGUAUACCAUUAUCAAGACGAUUUCGUUCAUUAAAACUUUGGUUUGUUAUUCGUAAUUAUGGUAUUGAAGGUUUACAACGUUAUAUUCGUGAGCACGUUCGAUUGGCCAAAAGAUUCGAACGACUUUUACGUAAAGAUGAUCGAUUCGAAGUUGUUAAUCAGGUUAAACUUGGUUUGGUUUGUUUUCGUUUAAAGAGUUCGGAUGUAACAAAUCAAAAAUUUUUAUCCACUGUUAAUGCAUCGGGUAAAUUACAUAUGGUACCAGCAUCAUUAAACGGAAAAUAUGUAACCAGAUUUUGUGUUUGUGCACAAAAUGCAUCAAACGAUGAUAUUGAUCAUGCAUAUAAUGUUAUAGCACAAUUUGCAACCGAUCUAUUUGAAAUAAUCGAAAUGGAAGAUAAGAAAAAACCAUUAACAAUAACCGAAACAACAAUUGUAACCGCAUUGAUAACACCAACAACAACAACAACCACAGCAAACAUAAUAAUGAAAGAUACAAAUAAUGAAGAUAAUGAAUCAGUUGAUGAAGUAUUUAUGUUGGAUCGUAAACGACAAAUGAGUUUACGUUAUAAACGUUCAUUUUUCGUUCGAAUGGUAUCUGAUCCAAAACUUUAUAAUCCAAAGAUUGUGAAAGCAUUAAAUAAUACAAAUUCAUCAUCACAAUCAUCAUUGGAUAAUUCACAACAACAACAACAACCGAUAGCUCAUAUUCCUAAUCCUAAUCCUAAUGAUAGUAAUAUUAACGAUAAUCGUAGUGAUGCCGAUAAUGAACGACAUACAACAAGUGAAUCAAAUGAAUCAUCAUCAACGAAAAAUUCCAAUUGAAACAACAAUGUUUUUGCUUUUAAUUUCUUAAUUUCUUCAUAUCUCUGUGUCG